AUGGCAUCGGAUUUAUUAAAUCCUCAAAUAUCUCAGCAUCUAGGUGAUCGUACAGCACCAAAAGCAACUCUUCGUCUUGAAUGGAUUUAUGGUUAUCGAGCAGCUAAUUGUCGAAGUAAUAUACAUUUAACUGCGAAUAAUGAACUAGUUUAUUUUUCUGCUGCUGUUGCUAUUGUUCAAAAUAUUCGGGAUAAAAAUCAUAAUCAACAACGUUUUUUUCUUGGUCAUGAUGAUGAUAUUAUUAGUUCAUGUCUUCAUCCAGAUAAAACCAUUGUUGCAACUGGUCAAAUUGGUAAAAAUGCCCAAAUUUGUGUAUGGAAUACACAAGGAAUAAUGAAAUUAGAAAGUCUUUUACAAGGACAUGUAGAUGGUGUCGGAGCAAUGAGUUUUAAUGUCAAUGGAGAAAAAUUAGCUAGUGUUGGUAUUGAUCGUAAUAAUACAAUUAAAAUUUGGGAAUGGCGUCGUGGAAAACUUUUAGCAACUGUUGCUGGACAUACAGAACGUGUUUUUGAUAUUAAUUAUCAUGGUGAACAUGUUAUUACUUGUGGUGUUAAACAUAUUCGUUUUUGGACAUUACUUGGUAAUACAUUACAAUUUGAAGAAGGAUAUUUUGGAAAAUUAGGAGCACAAACACUUUUAUGUAUUGGACAUUUUUUUACUGUAGAUACGAAACAAUCAACAGAAUCUACAGAUAAUGAUUAUUUAUGUUUUACAGGAGCUAUUAAUGGAGAUUUAUAUGGUUGGAAGAAAUGUAAAAUUGAUAAAUAUAUUUCUGCAGCACAUAGUGGAACAAUUUAUUCAAUUGAUAUAAAUCCUAAUGGUUUUUUAACAAGUGGUAAAGAUGGUUUUGUUAGAGAAUGGACAAAAGAUUUAGUUCCUAUAGGAAAACCAGUUGAAAUUCCAUGUUUAAUAAAUGAUACAGAAGAUAUAAGUGUAUGCAGUGUUGCUUCACGUAAUGAUUAUUGUGUAGCGGGUACUCGUGAUAGUGAAAUCUAUGGAUUUGAAUUGAAUAGAGAUAAUAUACCACAACUUCUUGUUCAAGGUCAUCAUGAAAAUAGUUUAUAUGCAUUAGCUUGUCAUCCACGAGAAAAUAUUUUCGCUACUGGUGGAGAUGAUUUUUCACUUAGAUUUUGGAAUGCUGAUAAAAUGUCAAUAAUAACAUUUUAUUGGACACCUUGUGUUCCAUUAUCACCAACUCCAACUAUUCGAUCUUUAGCUUUUUCAUCGAAUGGAAAUCAAAUAGCUGUUGGAUAUGAUAAUGGUUAUAUUGAAAUUUAUCCAACAUUAUUAACAGGACAUGAAGAACCACGAGUUCAACCCAUACAUACAAUACACGAUCGUACAGAUCGUAUACAAUCAUUAGCAUUUUCUCCAAAAGAUAAAUAUCUUGCUGUUGGAUGUGCUGAUGGAAAUUUUGAUAUUUAUGAUAUUGGAAAUCGAUUUCAAAACUUACGUUUUAGAAACCAUGGUAAUAGUUUAAGUGUUACAAAUAUUGAUUGGACUGAUGAUGAAAAAUAUGUUCAUUAUACUGGAGAAAAUAAAGAAGCUUUUAUAGUUAAAAUACCUUCUUUUGAAAUCGUAUCUAAUGCUGAAAAAGAUAAUAUACGUAAUUGGUUUACAUUUACAAGUUUAAAACAUAUAGAAGUUCGUGGUAUAUGGAAUAAAUUUGCAGAAACAACAAAUAUUGUUGCAAUUGAUGGAAAUAGAAGUGAGGGUGUUAUUGCUGCUGGUGAUGAACAAGGACUUAUUAAAUUAUUUCGUUUUUCAACUGAAAGACGUGGUGCUCAUUUUAAAAAAUAUGUUGGACAUUCAAGUAGAAUCGCUGAUGUUCGUUUUCUUCAUGAUUCAAGUCGUUUAAUAACAAUUGGUAGUGAUGAUCGUACAAUAAUACAAUGGCGUUUUCUACUAGAAUCAGAUCAAAUUGCAUUAGUUGAUGCAAGGCGAUUGAGUGCUGCACCGAGUUCUUUACAAAUGGGAUUAGAUGAAUCAAUGGCUGCAGAUAUACCAGAUGAAACUAUUGAAGAUGUACAAAUGUUACAAACAGCCCAAUUUGCUGGAGCUUAUUUAGAUUCAGAUUCUGAAGAUUCAGAUUCAGAUUUAAGUGGUGCUGAAAUCGAUCCAGAUAUCGAAAAAGAAAAACACAUUUCGUAUGAUAGAACUUUAUAUAGAGAAGAUUAUUCAAAAUUAAAAAAAACAAUGAAACAAAAUUUACCACCAGGUGAAAAGAGAAAAAAACAACCUGAUGAAGGUCUUACACUUGACUAUGUAUUUGGAUAUCGUGGUUAUGAUUGUCGAGAUAAUGUUUUUUGUUUAAAAACUGGUGAAAUUGUUUAUCAUGUUGCUGCACUUGGCAUUGUUUUAAAUACAGAACUCAAUCAACAAAGAUUUUAUAAUUGUCACACAGAUGAUAUUUUAUGUUUAGCUGUUUCACCUGAUUUGACAUUAGUCGCUACAGGACAAAUUGGUCGUGAUCCACCUAUUCAUGUAUGGGAUCCAGUAAAAAUGGAAACAAGUUCAAUUCUUAAAGGCGAACAUUAUCGAGGCAUUUGUUCUAUUGGAUUUUCUAGAAAUGGUAAACUUUUAGCUUCAGUUGGUUUAGAUGAUUAUUUAACAAUUGUUAUAUGGAAUUGGAAAAAAGGAGAAAAAAUUACAUCACAAAGAGGACAUAAUGAAAAAAUUUUUUGUUUACGUUGGAAUCCACAUGCUGAUGAUCAAUUUGUAACUGUUGGUGUUAAACAUAUUAAAUUUUGGACACAAGCUGGUGGUGGUAUGACAUCAAAACAAGGUGUUUUUGGAAAAACUGCUGGAAAACAAGGAAAACAAAAUCAAAUGUGUGUUGUUUUUGGGAAAACAGCUGAUAUUUGUAUAACUGGUGGUGGUGAUGGAGCGAUUUAUAUUUGGACACAUACAUCAUUAACAAGAGUGAUUCAAGAUGCACAUAAAGGACCUUUAUAUGCUAUAGCUGCAGUACAAGAAAAAGGUUAUGUAACUGGUGGAAAAGAUGGAAAAGUUAUACUGUGGGAUCCAGAAUUUAAGCGUAUUAAAACAUAUGAAUUAACGAAUAAAAAUUUAGCUCCAGAUUCUCGAGGUGUUCGUCUUACUCAAGAACCAACACCAGUUCGUGCUGUUACUUUAACACGUCGUAUUAUUGUUGGAACACAAGGUGGAGACAUAUGUGAAAUUGAAAAAGAUGGUCGAAUUCGUAUUCCUAUUCAAGGUCAUGCUGAAGGGGAAUUGUGGGGUUUAAGUACAAAUCCAAAAAAAUAUGAAAUAUGUACUGUAAGUGAUGAUAAAACUGUUCGAAUAUGGUCAUUAAAAGAUCGAAGAAUGAUUCGAUUUAAAGCUUUUGCAAAAUUAUUACGUACAUGUGAAUAUUCACAAAGUGGAAAAACAAUUGCCGUGGGAACAAAAGAUGGUCAGAUUAUGAUAUUAAAUGAAGCAGAUUUAAGUGUUAUUAUGACUGCUGAACAUCGACAUCGAGAAGUAUCAGAUAUCAAAUUUUCACCAAACGAUGCAUAUUUAGCUGUUGGUACACAUGAUAAUUUUUUAGAUAUUUAUAAUGUUGAAAAACGAAAACUUGGUAUUGGUAAAACACAUUCAUCUGCUAUAACUCAUAUUGAUUGGGAUUCUAAAGGAAAAUUAUUAAUGACAAAUUCAGCUGCGAGUGAACAAUUCUUUUAUGAAGCACCACGUGGUACAAGAAUAACAUCAAUUAAAACAACUGAUAUUGAGAAAAUGAAUUGGUUUACAUGGACAGGUGUAUUAGGACUUGUUUGUGAAGGCAUUUGGGAACCAGCUACUAGUAUAAAUGAUAUUAAUUCAACUGAUUUGACCAAAAAUAAAAAAACUUUAGCAACUGCCGAUGAUUUUGGUCAUGUUAAGCUCUUUGAUUUUCCUGUUAAAGGAAAAUUUGCUAAAUACAAAAAAUAUACAGGUCAUAGUGCUCAUGUAACUCGUGUUCGUUGGACCUUUGAUGAUUCUUAUUUAAUAUCAAUUGGUGGUGGUGAUGUUGCUAUAUUAGUUUGGAAACAUGAAUUUGAUCGCGGGACUGAAAUUGUUACGAAUUCUACAUCAAGAACUACCAUUAAUGCAAGUCCUUCAAUUCUUGCUCCUUUACAACGACAACGAGGUGAAAGUGACGAUUCUGAUAACACAGAUUCUGAAGAAGAAGGCUAUGAUUCCGAUGUACAACAUGAUCGAGCUAGAGAUUAUAAUGCACGAUUGCUUAUUGAUCCAGAUCGAACAAAAACUAAUAAAAUAGAUAUACGUAAACCAAAAAUAGAAAAUCGUAGACCAAUUCGUGUUAAAGUAAAAACAUCAAAGAGAACACUUGAAGAUGAAUCAAUGCUUAUUAGAGCUACUUUAAAAUCUGGACUGAGUUUAGGUUUAUUAAAUGCAGCAAUGUUGAGUUCAGAAAAUGAAGAAUUAGUUCAUGAUGAUGAUCAUGAUGAUAGUAAACCACGAGGACGUAUUGUUGAUCUUGAAUUAGAUCAUAUUCAUGGUUAUCGUGGUUUUGAUGGUCGUGAUAAUUUAUUCUAUUUAGCUAAUAAUGAAUCAAUUGUAUAUCCAGCAGCUGGUGCUGGUGUUAUACAUCAUAUACGUCGAGGUAUUCAAAAAUUUUAUUUAAAACAUACGGAUGAUAUUAUAUCAAUGGCGGUACAUUAUGGAGAAAAAUAUGGAAAUAUAGUUGCAUCAGGACAAAUCGGAGAAAAUCCAACAAUUCAUAUAUGGGAUCCACAAACAGUAAAAACUCUUUCUGUUUUAUCUGGUAAACAUAAACGAGGUGUUUGUUCAUUAAGUUUUUCAACAAGCGGAAAAUUAUUAUUAUCGGUUGGUGUUGAUGCACCAUAUACAAUAGCUGUAUGGCGAUGGAAAGAAGGUGUUAAUAUUUCAACUACAGUUGCAUCUGAAGAACGAAUAUUUCGUGCAUUAUUUCGUCCGCAUUCGGAUACACAUUUCGUAUCAGUUGGUGUAAAACAUUUAAAAUUUUGGUCUAUUGCUGGAAAUACAUUAGUUAGCAAAAAACCUGUUAUGACAACAGCAGUGGAUGGAAAUCGAGGAACAAAAAUGCAAACAAUGCUUUCAAUUGCAUUUGGACCAGAAGAUCGCACUUAUACCGGUAGUAUGACUGGUCUAGUGUUUAUUUGGCGUUUUAAUACAUUGGAACGAACAAUAAAGGCUCAUCGUGGACCAAUUUUUUCAAUGUUUAGUUCCGAUAAUUGUUUGAUUACAGGUGCUAAAGAAAAACCUUCUCUUACUUCAACCGAUGUACUUAAACCGCUUAAAGUAUGGGAUUUUGAUAUGAAUAAAGGACGAUCAAUAAAACUUAAUUUACCAUCAACAGAUACAAUUUGUGUUAGAUCUGUUUGUCGAAAUUCUCAAGGAAAAAUUUUAAUUGGUCUAAAAAGUUCUGAUAUUAUAGAAAUUGAUGAUGGAUCAUCCGGUUCUCAAUCAAAAUCAUUAGUAUUUGGACAUGGUGAAGGACAAUUAUGGGCAUUAUCACCACAUCCAACUAAAUCAAUAUUUGCUACAGGAAGUUAUGAUCGAAAUCUUGUUAUUUGGAGUACAAAUACUAAAGGUCUUAUAGUAAAAGUUGAUAUGAAAAAAGAAAUUCGUAGUGUUUCAUUUAAUCCUGAUGGAAAUUUAUUAGCAGUUGGUUUUACAGAUGGACAAAUUAGUUUAGUGACUUAUUCACUUGAAAAUAAACAAUUAGUAGAAACUACUAAAACAAGAGAACGUAAUACUGCAAUUCUUUGUCUUAGAUUUAGUCCAGAUGGUAAAAUCUUAGUUGCUUCAUCAGAAAAUUCUUGUAUUGACUUCUUUGAUGUUCAACAUGAAAAAUUAACACGUGUUGGUUAUGUAACACAUAUUCAGGGUGCUGUUUCACAAAUAGAUUGGGACACGAGUUCACAAUACAUAAGAACAACUACAAUUGGACUUCAUACAGUUAUUUUUCGUGCACCUGCUGGUGAAGAAAUUAAAAAUCAGGAUGAAAUUGAAAAGAUGGUUUGGAAUACUUGGACAAGUCCAAUUGGCGAUGAUAUCAUUGGAAUUUGGCCAAAAGAUGUUAAAAAAGAUCAUAUUAAUUGUGCACAUGCAAUUUCAUCAGCAAUUGCUACGGGUGAUGAUCAUGGAGCUGUUAAAUUAUUUAGAUUUCCAUGUCCAGAACCUGGAGCUGAAUGUAAAAUAUUUUAUGGUCAUUCUGAUAAUGUAACAAAUGUUCGAUUUCUUGCAAAUGAAAGAUACUUAGUUAGUUUAGGUGGUGAUGAUUGUUGUAUCUUUCUAUGGAAAUGUGUUAUGGAAUCAAAUCUUCCCAAUGAAAAUUAA